UCACUGUACUGACUGUACUGACUGUUGCUGACUGUACAUGGUAUUGUGUAUCGUACCGUGCUGUUGCCGUGUUAAAAAUUAUUUAAACAUUGGUUUAUUUAACAAUUCUCUUGUAAUCAAUUACUCGUAAAAUGAAUCAGACUUCUAUUGAUUGUGAAACUAGAGACAUAGCUUAAAGCUGGAGUAAGAACGAAAUAGUUCUAAGCGUAGGGUUAAAUCGAAAACCUUUUCUUACAUAGCGGUUUCCUACACAUACACAAGUAGUAAGCGUCACUGAAUUUUUCCGAAAGUAGAGCCGGAGCAACAUAUAAAAUGGCUUUACCUCCAAACUACAAGCAAGUGGCAAUGGCCACAUCAAACGUUGUUACAUCUAUUCAACGGCUUAGAGCAUCUGGUGGAAGCAGUAGCAGUUCAACUAAUAGUAAAGAUACACAGAGCCCAUUUAUCCAAACAUCUCAUAGUCAUCCAGGAUUCACGCCACAAAAAGUUGGGAAAAAUACAAAUGCGGAUUCUCGAAUGCCUAAACCACCCAAGCCGCCAGAGAAACCUCUUAUGCCUUAUAUGAGAUAUAGCAGAAAAGUUUGGGAUCAAGUGAAAGCUCAGAAUCCAGAAUUGAAAUUAUGGGAAAUAGGAAAGAUUAUUGGUCAAAUGUGGAGAGAUUUACCAGAAGAAGACAAAACAGAAUUUAUUGAAGAAUACGAAGCUGAAAAAGUCGAGUAUGAAAAGAGUUUGAAAACUUACCACAAUUCACCGGCGUAUUUAGCUUAUAUUGCAGCUAAAAAUAGAGGAAAAUCUGCACUGUGUGCGGCGCAACAAAAUAACGAUGAUCGAGAAAGUCAUGAGCGUUCAUCGGGCAGUACUAAGGGACAAGCAGCUCAGGAUAGAAGAAUAGACAUUUUACCUGCUGAAGAUGACGAUGACCAGGAUGAUGGAUAUUCUGUAAAACACGUUGCGUAUUCUCGUUACACUCGAAAUCACCGUCUUAUUAAUGAGAUUUUCAGCGAUACAGUUGUUCCAGAUGUUCGUUCUGUUGUCACUACUCAGCGAAUGCAAGUACUACGUCGUCAAGUACAGUCUUUGACAAUGCACCAGAAAAAGCUUGAAGCUGAAUUACAGCAAAUAGAAGAAAAAUUUGAAGCAAAGAAACGUAAAUUUAUCGAGACGAGUGAAAUAUUUCAAGAAGAAUUAAAGAAGCACUGUAAGCCAGCGGUGGACGAAGAAACCUUCAAUAAGAUGGUGGAGCGACAAUAUGAAGCUCUUAGACGAGAUCGAUUAAAGGGCACCGAAGAGAAUCGAUCGGAUGGACCUGCGUCGAGCGAAUCAACGCCGAAUUCUACUCCUACUCCAACUCCUGCUUCAGUUAACGAUGAAGUUCAAUCCGAUGUUCCUGAUAAUGAUGCAACGGAUAAAAAGACAAACGGAUCUGAGAAGCCCAUUAAUGAAAUUAAGAAGGAAAUACCUUCGCCCCCGUAUACUGAAAGUAAACCCGAGCCGCCGCCGACUCAGGGAAAUUCGAAUCAGCAUACAUCCAAUUCUGGCAUGUACUGUGGGAACGUUAGUCCAGUACAACAGCAGCAACAGCAGCAGCAACAAACGUUGCCGCCGCCACCAUCAGCAUCGCAGCCGCAACAACCACCGUCCUUACAACCACAGCCGCAACAACAACAAUCGGCGGCGUCAGCUCAACAACAUCAACAGCCAUCAGCGCAGCAGCAUCAACAGCCACCGUCUCAGCAACACCAACAGCCACCACCUCAACAACAUCAACAACCACCGUCUCAGCAACAUCAACAGCCACCGUCUCAGCAACAUCAACAGCCACCGUCUCAGCAACAUCAACAGCCACCGUCUCAACAGCACCUACAGGCCGCACAUCAGCAGCAGCAUUCGCAACAACCGCAACCACCCGCACAACAACCGCAGCCCCAACAACAGCAGUGUACUGCGACAACAACGACAACCGUUCCUGGACCAGGGAUCAAUACAAGCGCACCUGCAAAUGCAAACACAGCUCCGAAUGCGCCAACUAUGCCGCCCGUAUCUUCACCGGCUCCUAUACAACACAAUCCUCAUCAACAAGGGAUGUUGACUAAUCAUUCGAUACCACCUCAUCAAGGGACGCAAGGAACUCAAGGAACACAGGUGCUACCACCUCAAGGACCAGUUUCUAAUCCACAUACUCCUCAAAUGAUUCCACCGAAUCAAGGCUACAGUCAACAGUAUCAACCAGGACCUACUCAGCAGGCCCAAAAUGUCCCAUUAGCUCCAAGACCUCCACAUCCAUCUUAUGCUUAUUCUCAACAGCAGCCAUAUCAUCAACCAUAUCCGCAAUAUGCACAUCCGUAUUAUCAUCAACCAUACUCGCAAUAUACACCGCAUACUAUGGGUCGUCCUCACGCCCAUGGCCCUCACAGCCCGCACAGUCCUCAUUAUCAUCCACAAUCACCUCAUUCUGUUGGAGAAAAUAAUACUACUAAUAACAGUGUACCCGGUUCGAACACUGCUUCUGCACCAGCCUCUGAUGCUAGCAAUUCAUCUUAUUCUCCAGCAUCGGGUCAUUGUGAAAAUGAACGUUCAGUCGCUUCGGAGAAUCAAGAGGGUCAAGUAGAUAUCAAAUCAGGGUCUGGUUAAUUAUUUUUUAUGACUCCAUACAUCUAUUUAUAUAAAUUUCAUUUGAUUUUUAUGUAAUUCAUAAAAUUACAUCCGAAUAAUAUUGAUGCAUUUAAGGUUAUAAUAAAAUUGUCACAUUCACUCUGUUUGUAUAAUAAAAAUCCAUUAUCAA